AUGGAUGACGUCACUCACGUGCGACGUUUUGGGUCCGCUGGCUCCACGAGUGGAACGGUGGCGGGCAUGCGUAGCUCCUCCAUGGGUGUUGUCAACUGUUGCCAGGGGUUACAGACUGCAGUUUGCUACAAGGCCACCCAAAUUCGGCGGCGUGUUAACUUCUGUAGCAAACGGAGCUUCAGCUCGGGUCUUGGACAAGGAGAUUGUGUCGUUAUUAAACAAACACGCAAUCAGUCCAGUCCCGAGCGAGGAAAGUCAUCAGGGUUUUUAUUCCCGUUACUUCCUCAUUCCAAAGAAGGGCGGCUCAUCCCUGAGGCCCAUUUUAGACCUCCGUAUGUUAAACAAACACUUACGGAAAUACAAGUUCAGAAUGCUGACACACAAAGUGCUCUGCAGUUCGAUCCGUCAAAACGAUUGGUUCGUGACGAACGAUUUAGCAGACGCGUAUUUUCACAUUGCCAUUUAUCCAGCACACAGGAAAUAUCUCAGGUUUGCCUAUCGAGGAGCAGCCUACGAGUUCCAGACAAUCCCAUUCGGUCUUUCUUUAGCUCCGAGGGUGUUCAGCAAGUGUGUGGAGGCAGCGCUGUUUCCAUUAAGGAACAGCAGCAUCAGAAUAUUUUCAUACAUAGACGAUUAUCUCAUAUGCUCCCACUCACGGGAGCAGGCGGUCAAAGAUUCUGUUACGGUGUUAAAUCACCUCAGGGACCUCGGGUUCAGUAUAAACGAGGUAAAGAGUCGCCUGGAGCCGGCACAGAGUACGGAGUACCUGGGGCUCAGGAUAAACUCCCUCACUUACCGCGUCAGGCUGUCAGAGGGGAGGGAGACGGCUUUCAGACAGUGUCUCACACUUUUUCAACUAGGGAAAGUGGUGACAUUCAGACUGUGCCUCCGACUUCUCGGACUCAUGGCGUCGGUUAUAUCUGUGGUGCAAUUAGGGCUGCUUAUGAUGAGGGAUUUUCAGAGAUGGACGGCGUCUCUGCGCCUCUGCUCUCAGCGUCAUCUGUACCGCAGAGUGAAAAUAACGGCGCACUGUGUCGCGGCUCUCCGGGCGUGGAGAGACCCGGAAGUGCUGACGUCAGGCGUACCUCUGGGAACGGUGUCGUCCAGGGUAACCAUGACAACGGACGCUUCCCUGUCGGGAUGGGGCGCGACGCUGUUGGGCAGAACGGCCAAUGGCAUGUGGUCCCGACGGAUGGCUCGGCUCCACAUAAAUGUGUUGGAAAUGCAGGCAGUGUUUUUAGCACUCAGGCAUUUUUUGCCUCAUCUACAGGGGCGUCAUGUGUUGGUGAAAACAGACAACACCACUGUGGUAGCUUAUAUCAACCGUCAGGGGGGCACUCGCUCUCUGCAGCUGCACAAGCUGGCUCAGAGGAUAAUUGUGUGGGGCAGUACACGGUUCCUGUCCCUCCGAGCGACCCAUGUAGCAGGGAUUCUGAACAGGGGAGCGGACAUAUUGUCCAGGGGGAACCCACUGUACAGGGAGUGGAGGCUUCACCCACAGGUGGUGCAACAGAUUUGGCAGAGAUACGGCCAGGCAGACGUAGAUCUCUUCGCCUCUCAAGAAGACACUCACUGCCCACUGUUCUUCUCCCUGUCAGAUGUGAGCGCACCGCUAGGCGUGGACGCUCUGGCCCACCCCUGGCCGAAUGUCCUUCUUUAUGCUUUUCCGCCACUCAGCCUGAUCUCUCCGACUCUGGCCAGAGUGCGGGAGCAGAGGCUGUCACUAAUUUUGGUUGCUCCUCGGUGGCCAUCCAAACACUGGAUAGCAGAGAUAAUGCAGCUUCUGGUGGACGAGCCAUGGCCGCUCCCCAUACGCAGGGAUCUUCUUUCCCAGGCGCGGGGCGAGAUUUUUCAUCCUCACCCAGACCGCCUCUCUCUGUGGGCCUGGCCCGUGAGAGGUGGAACUUGAAUGCUGCAGGCCUGCCCCCUGAAGUAGUUGACACUAUUCAGAAUGCCAGAGCCUCCUCCACCCGCUCACUUUACAGUGGUAAGUGGCGGGUUUUUGAGGAGUGGUGCAAUAAUAGGGGCACUAUCCCUUUCCAGUGUUCUGUGGCGGAGGUGCUUUGUUUUCUGCAGGAGUUGUUGGAUAAAGGAAGAGCUUUUUCCACAAUUAAGGUCUAUUUGGCAGCAAUUUCAGCUUGUCAUGUAGGUUUUGGUGAGAAGUCGGCGGGGCAACAUCCGUUGGUAUGUCGCUUCAUGAAGGGGGCCCGCCGUAAGCUCCCAGUGUCCAGGCCGCUGGUGCCUUUGUGGGACCUGUUGUUGGUUCUGGACGCCCUUUCACACCACCCAUUUGAACCCAUUGAGGUGGUGGGGUUAAGAUUUCUUUCAGUGAAAACUGCUUUGCUUCUGUCUCUGACCACUGCGAAGCGGGUGAGUGACCUACAGGCUUUGUCGGUCCACCCCUCCUGUUUGCAGUUGGCUCCUGGGCGUGCUAAAGCAUGCUUUCGGCCUAAUCCAGCAUUUGUACCAAAAGUAAUGGAGCCAUCAUAUAGAUGUCCUACUUUAGAGCUGUUAGCUUUUCACCCUCCACCAUUCUCCUCAGAGGAGGAUGAACGCCUUCACACCCUAUGCCCUGUGCGGGCUCUGGGGGUGUAUGUUGAUAGAACUGCGGGGUUCAGGAGAACCAAUCAGUUGUUUGUUUCCUGGGCCACCCCUCAUAAGGGCAGGCCACUAUCUUGUCAAAGGCUGUCACACUGGAUUGUGGAAGCCAUUUCUAUUGCUUACAGGUGUAAGGGCUCUCAGCCACCUCUGGGAGUGAGAGCCCACUCUACCAGAAGCAUGGCCUCAUCGUGGGCCUUAUUUAGAGGAGUGUCAGUUCAGGACAUUUGCACAGCGGCAAGUUGGGCUACGCCUCACACGUUUGUGCGCUUUUAUAGACUUGAUGUCGUUCAUCCGUCACUGUCUCAUGCAGUGCUGGAGGCAGGUACUGACGGUCUAGCGUAA